AUGCAGUCUACUGGGUCACACAAACGACCUGCUCAGCAUGGUCCCACCGAGGAUGCGGCCUUUCAAAGGCCUAAGCAGCGCAGUCGAGCCAACAAGAUGAGUAGCGACGAAAUCAAGUUACACAAAGAACUGCGAGAGUGGGACUAUCGCCUCGACAGACUUCAACGGUAUGAAAAGUACCGUCAAGCACAAGGAGAAAUGGAAUUGGAGAAUCUAGUGACAAAAUGGCGUGCCAUUGCUCAGAACGUGGCCGAAGAUCUGCUGAGCCUUGCUCGCAACCGAGGGGACAUUUCACAGGAAGAAGAUGAUGACGAGAUGGCUCAUAUGCUGACCUUGUUGCGUGUGGAUCUUGAUUUGAUCCGCUAUUCUCGCGAAACAGGAGAUUUCUACUAA